AUGAGCACACUCGACAAGAGUUUGACCGAUGCGGAGCAGUACGCGGUGUGGUGCGAACAGACCCGGGCGCUCUUCGCCCACACCGUGCCGCAGCGGUGCGGGUCCGCGGACAGGACGUCUGCACACACCAGCAAGAGCGGCAGCAGCACCAACGGGGAGGAGUUCGACGCCAGUCUGCAGGCAGGGGCUCCGGGCACUGAGGAUGGUGGCGACUUCCCCUACUGCUUUUACAUGCGCAUGCUGAGUUGCGGGGGGCGGCGGGAAGCGAUCCAGACAUCGUGUGACGACAGUCGCGGCUUCUGCAGCGAAGACGGAGGAAGUUUCUUUUCAUCUCUCUCUGAAGAACAGGAAGGUCAGAAGCUGUAUGUGGACGAGGACGCGUUGACCGCGCGGCUGGCCUCCAAGCUGAAGACACACGCACGUACCAUUCGAAGUAAACAGCAGGAACAAAUCCCCGCUACGUUGCCGGUGGAAAGUGUUAACUGGCCGUACCGUGAUGGGAGCGUUGAGGUCUUGGCGGCGGCGGUGAACGAGGAACUGCAUGAGAUGCUCAUGUACGUGCGUCACCGCAACAUGUUGGCUGAGCAGCUACGCCGCCAGCUUGUGGAAACACGACGCCUUCUUCUUCAGCAAGGGGAAGCCCCGUCGUGA